GAAGCAAAGCCAAGAAAUUCCUAGAAACUACUCAUGAAGUUUUGAUCCCUAUAACGUCUCCGCCCUAUAAAUAGAUCAGCUAUUUCCCUUGGCUAACCAUGUAGGAUCAUCCCAUCUGCUGCUCUGCAACUAGCUUGCGUACAAUUUCUAAGACAGCAUGUCCCUCUCUAGCUUGUUUGGUCGAAAGUCCGCAAAAACCACUAACACUGAGCCUCCCAUCUCUAUUGACAUAUGGGAUUCCCUUGAAGGUUUCUCCCUUGCCAGCGUGAUGCCUUUCGCCGCAGUCUCAUCCUUUACUGCUGCCAGUACGGAUUGGAAGGAAACUCAUGAUGCUCAUGUCUUUAUAACUGACCUCCCCGGAGUGAAGAAGGAUGAAGUAAAGAUAGAAGUAGAAGAAGAGAAGAUCCUGAAGAUAAGUGGGCAAAGGACUAAAGAUAGUGAAGAGAAGGGUGAGAAGUGGCACCAUAUCGAGCGGAGCGCUGAAAAGUUCCUUCGUAGUGUGAAACUACCACCAAAUGCAAGUAUUGAGCGCAUGAAGGCGGUCCUUGAGAAUGGAGUUCUUACAGUGACUGUGCCCAAGGAUCAAGAGAAGAAGGUUCAGGGGAGGUUUAUUCAGAUUACAGGCUAACUCAAUACUUCUGCUGCUUCAUGCGUAUCACGUAAUCUAUAUGUAUCAAGUAAACCUAUGUAUUAUAUGUGGUUUGCAAGCUAUAGGAAUCCUAGUGGUGCUUGGAAGAAAGUAGAGGUGCAGCAUGAUAUAUGGAAGAGUGAUGUAAGAUAAACUGAAUGGAUUCUAACUCUUCUGCCUUUUAUUUUCUUUGGACAGAUUUCCUUGUAAGCUCAAUUAGAGCAUAGAUAUGAGUCGUAUGAUUUGGUUACUUUUAUAAAUAAUAUGGAUGCUUUGUGUGUGUA